AUGUCCAACCCAUUCGAUCUUCUAGGUAACGAUAUCGAGGACCCCAGCGCUGCUGUCGUGGUUCCUCCAAAGGAAAUCACCAAGAAGAACACCUCUUCGAAGAAGGCCGAUGUUCCUCCACCAUCCGCCAACCCUGCCAGAGCCAACAAGAACAGAAAGGGCCCAACUGGUAACGAAGGUGCGUUGAAAGACAAGACCGCUGGGAGACAGAACAACAGAUCCCAGGACGUCCCAAGCUCUGGUGCUGCCAGGAGAGACAACUCGAGAAAGCAGACCGACCGUCACUCCAGAACCGGGAAGGCUGACACCGGGAAGAGAGUCAGACAAGGCUGGGGUGAUGACAAGAAGGAAUUGGCAUCUGAACAGGCUGCUGAAGCUGACGCCGAGGCUGAGAUCGAGGCUGACUCUGAGGAGAAGAAGUCUGCCAUCAAGAACAUUUCUUUGGAGGACUACUUGAAGACCCAGGACGCUUCUGCUCUUGACAAGCACGUUGAGGCCAAGAAGGUCGAGCCAUUGGAAAACGCCAAGUUGUUCGUCAAGGAGGAAGAGGUUUUCGUCGCUCCAACCAAGGUCAAGACCACCAAGUCCAAGCAAUUGAAGACCAAGCAGUUCUUGGACUUUGACGUCUCCUUCAAGGACAACAACUCCCAGGGGAGACCAAGAAGAAACUUCGACAACGACAACAGAAACAGAAACAACAACAACAGAAACAACGACUCCCGUCGUGGCGGUAAGGCCCCAAGAAAGCCAAAGACCAACAGCAACGGUAACGCUGUUGAGAAGGACAACUCCAUCGACACCAUGAACCUUCCAACUUUGGCUUAG